AUGAAGUUAUCUUUUUAUCUGCUUCUUCUAGAAGCAACGGUAGAUGGCCAAAGAGGAGGAGCUCCAGGAUCUUUCAGAGAUCGUCCAAAAGUUCCCAUAAAUAGUCAGUGGCAGCCGAGUGCUCCAGGGGUUUCGGCUUCAAGAGUGAUCAAAAACUACUCCGAGACGGAAAAACAGCUGAUUUUUGAGCAGUACCAAAUCAUCGCUAGAAUUCCUCAUGAACUUUCGCUUUCUGAAAAAAUCAGUCGUGUUGCCGAUUCUGUUGAUUCUAGGGACAGAUCCCUCACAAAUGAGCUAGUUUCUCUGCUGGAGGACAAAAUGAAGACUUUGCCAAACUACUUUCGGUCGUCGGGAAAAGGUCCGAUCGCCAUGUCUGCUAGAAACAGAGACCUGCCAAACUGGGUCCCGAAACAGCUUCAUUUUGGGCAUCUUGGUCCGCCAGGAGAGAAGCAAGAUGAGAUUCACAUAAAGAGAGGCCGGUUGAAUCCUGGAAGCAUGGAACACUUUAAAAACAUCGAGCCGCCAGGAAGAAUUUCUUCAAAAUCAUUUUCGGAAGAGGAAGUCCUCCUUGAUUUCGCUCAGCGAUUUGGCUACACAGAGAAGAAUGCUCAAAUCGCUAAAAAUUCGAUUCCAGGGAUAGUUAAAAAAAUUCAAAAGCAAUAUGGUUUGAGAGAAACUGGGAUACUGGAUCAACAGCUGAUGGAAGUUCUUGAAAAACCGAGAUGCGGAAAACCCGAUUUCGAAAGUCAGAAUCAAAGUCGUUCGAAAAACACUGGUCCAGCAAAGUACCAGAUCGGCGGCCCUGCCUGGCCAGGCAAUACAGUUUCUUACUCAAUGUUCGGUUACUCGAAUGAUCUCCCGAUCGAGAUCCAGGAUGAUACAGUAGACAAAGCUUUCCACGAGUGGGAGAAAGUCGCCAACCUUCGCCCGGUCAAUCUCGGCCCAGCAGACGACUCGGCCGAUAUCAAAAUCUCAUUCGGCCGCGGAGAUCAUUGGGAUGGCUAUCCAUUCGACGGGCAACAUGGAACCCUCGCCCAUGCUUUCUUCAACGACCCUGGUUACCCAAAUGAUCUCGAAGGAGACGCGCACUUUGACGAGGAUGAAUUUUGGACGCUUGGGGAAGGAAGAAUCACAAAGGCUGUCGGGAAACAUCUGGAAGGAGGAAAUUACUACUGCAAGUUUCCGUUUUCAAAAGACGGGAUCGAGCACCGAAGCUGUUUGAAGUACAAAAAUACGGAUUUUACCUGGUGCUCGCUGACGUACGAUUAUGACAAAGAUAAAAAAUGGGGAUUUUGUGGAGAAGGAUCGCUUUAUACAUAUGGCGGAAAUGCGGAAGGAGAAGCUUGUAACUUCCCUUUUGAUUUUCAGGGCAAGACUUAUCAUUCCUGCACAACUGACGGGAGAACAGAUGGGUAUCUCUGGUGCAGUCCAGAUCGAAGAUACGAGGACAAGGAUAGAUAUGGCUUUUGCCCCGCCCACCCAAACGAUGCUAUAGGAGGAAAUGCGAAUGGAAAACGCUGCCAUUUUCCCUUCAUUUUUCAAUCAAACAGUUACAGUAGUUGCACAACAGUAGGUCGAACGGACAAUCUUCUUUGGUGCGCGACAACGGAUAAUUAUGAUAACGAUGGAGAGUGGGGCUUUUGCGAUGGCGGGGAGUACUCGUUCUUUCUAGUCGCAGUUCAUGAGUUUGGACACAGCCUUGGUCUUGGGCACUCGAAUAAUCCAGAAGCCGUGAUGUAUCCGUCGUACCAUUUCACGAAGAACUUCAAAAUGCCGGCGGAUGAUAUUUACGGAAUUCAACAGCUCUACGGCCCUCCAACGGGGACGUCGAGGCCAACAACGACGACAAGGAUGACUCAUCCGACGAAAUUCCCGGAAAUGGAAACGACGACUACCAGACAAUCGACAAGACCAACGAGAUCUACCACCACAGAAAGAUGGACAACAAGAUCAAGAACUACCUAUAAGCCGGACAUUGACGACAACGAGAGACCGAAUUACGAUGAUAACUCCCUUUGCGAUGGCGAUUUUGAUUCGAUUCUUCAAUGGGGAUCCGAGACAUUCAUCUUCAAGGGUCGUGAAUUGUGGCGAAUUACGGGAGAGCAUCAUUUUUAUGAUCAAAAAUGGUCAAUGCGAGGACCUCUUCAAGUCGAAUCUUACUGGGCUGGACUUCCUUCGCAUAUUGAUGCGGUUUACAUGGUCCCAGAUGGUUUGAAUCUUCCUUGGUCGACUGGUAAUGUCCGAUUCUUUUCUGGAGCUCAAUAUUGGGAGUACAAUGGAAAUAGAAUUCUCCCCGGCUUUCCAAAGUCUAUAACAGAACUGGGUCUUCCAAAAAAUAUGAGACUUACUGCAGCCAUCAACCGAAGAACAGGUAAAAACGACGACUACCGCCGCUACACCUACUUGAUCGCUGGCCGCUUCAUCUCAAUUUUCGAUGAGAAGGAAAAUCGAAUUGUGAAAAGAAUUUCAACUCGGAGACUCGGGAUUCCAGGACUGCGAUAUUCAAGCAGAAUUAAAGCUGCGUUCGAAGGCAGCGAUGAUGGAUACUCUUUUUUCUUCGUGAAUGAUCUGUUUUAUGCGAAACUUGAUGGGACAAGAAGCAGAACGAUUGUCGGAAAUAUUGAGGAGUUCGUUCAUUGCUGUGGAGCUACAAAUUCGUACUACGAGAAUGAAGAAAAAGUGACUGAAGGAAAAGGCGGUGAACAUUGCUACAGUGACAUCUCUUCCGAUGACUCGCUUCAUAGUCCAGAACUGAUGAAGGCAUCGCCUUAUUUUUUCAGAAGACCGAAUUCGGGAAGAAGAUUUUCUGAUUCACUGACUGGAAUAUAA